AUGAAUUAAUCAACAAAGAAUAUGAAGAAGUCUGUAAUAUAAGAUCAAAAAGUGGAUGAUAAUCAAUAAAGAAAGAAAAAUGAAGAGAACUUGAAGAUUCCUCUCAAUUUAUUCCGUUCAUAUACAAGAAUUACAUAACAAUCACUUUUAGAGGAGAUUGCUCCAAUGAUGUCUUAAAUUGAAUUUCUAAAAAAGAACUGUCCUGAAGGAACUAAAAUAGAAGAAUUCGCUGCUUAAGCUUGUUCAUAUUUCAAAUAUGAAUAAUUUAGUAAAGGACAAAUUGUUUUUAAUUAUGGGGAAUAUGGGGACAAAGUUUAUUUAAUAUUACUUGGUGAAGUUGGAGUGUUUGUAUCAAAGUCUUAAGAAGAAAUUGCUAAUGAUAGAGAAGUUAUUGAAACAUAUAAAAGUAACAUGAAUCCUUUUGAAGAAGAAAUUUUAGAUUAUGAAACUAUAUUUAAAAAGAAAAAAAGGGCUUAAGAUCUUUAAAUGGAAUUACUUUUAGCUUCAUAAAAGAAUCCAUUUGAAAUCAAUAAUAUGUAUUUCAAAGAUGGAAUAUGUCUUUAUAAAAAAGUCUUUUAAUUUUACUCAGGUUAAGCCUUUGGUGAUAUGGCAUUAUCUUCUGAUAAACCACGUACUGCAAGCAUUUUGGUUUUAUCAGAUGAACUUCAUGUUUUAACUAUGAAUAGAUUAGAUUUUAAAAGCGUUGGAGAAAGAUCUAUUAAAGAAAAGAAUCAAACAUUUGAAUACUUUUUAAGUAUUUUUGUGGGUGUCAGUAAAUUUAUUGUUACCAAGUUUAUUUAAUAUUUUUAAAAAAUUGAAUUUGCCCCAUAAACCAUUUUAUGGAAAGAAGGAGAUGAACCUAAAUUCUUUUUAUUGAUUGUUAGAGGAAGAGUAGAAAUUUAUAGAUCAUAUAAUGAAGAUGCUUUACAUGGUAAAAUUAAAGAACCAUCUAUUUUUUAAUCCAAAAUUAAACCUAAAAAGAAAGUUACUCUUUCAUAACUUUCCGAUAACUCUUUUGUUGGAGAAGCAGAACUUAUAGACAACAUUCCUGUAAGACUCUAUUCUUGUAUGACUUCUGAUAAUACUCUUGCUUAUUAUAUGGAAAGUGAUGCUUUUAAUAUUGUAAGAAAAAAUCAUCCUGAUUUUCUUAAAAUUUUAAAAGAGAAAUCUUUUGUAAUUAAGUCUUACUUACAAAGAAGGGAGAAGUACUUAUUCGAAAAUAUACAAAAACAAGACAAAGCAAUGGAAAAAUUACAAUAUCCUGAUUCUACUAAUACUGAAAGAGUCACAGUUGAUGAAUUAUAUAGAGACACUAGUACAUUUAACUCCAAGAUUUUUAGAUCUCAAUAGAAAGGUAUGAUUACAACUACUGAUAUUGUUAAUUCCAAUAAUUUACUAAGUAAGAAAAUUACACCAUAAUAAUCUGAAAAUAUGUUUAUCUUUCAUAAAAAAUAAAUUGAAUUGUUGAAGUAAAAGAAAUAAUCUUAAACAAAAAGUCAUAGUACUAUUCCCCCCAUUACUUUAUAAAAAUCUAUUUCCUAAAGUAAUUUUGCACUUGAAUGUUAAGUAUUAAAAUCAUAUAGAAGAAUGAGAUUUAAAUAGUUUUAAGCCAAUAGAGAAGUAUGUCUAUAGAUUAAAUCUUAAAUUGGAUCAUUUGUGACUACUUAACUAGGGUCUUCUUCACAUGAUUCUUCUUUACCAUAAGGAUUAAAUGAUAAAUGUCUUAAAUCUCUUUAAGAGUUUUAUUUUGCCAAAACAUUUAUUACCACCAAUAAAUGA